UUAGUGAACUUGUUUUUAGCUUUAGAUUCCUGUUUCAUGUCUGCUUCCUUUUGUUUCAUGGGAAAUUACCCAACAUAGUUUUACAGGUGAUGAAUGUUGACUUGGUGUCCUGAUUACCAGAAUAUAAAUCACACAGUCUAGUAGGCUAAGAAGUAAAGUAUUUGUAUGCUCCAUGUGUUGGUGGUAAGAAAUGUCACUAAAAAUAAUGUUCUCCUUGCAUUUUGUCCCCUUCUAGACAUGACAAUGAAAUCAUCCGAUUAAUAUCUUUGCUAUGUUUUUCACGUAAAUGAAAUCAAAGAUAAUACAAAGACUAGCCACUGGCCCAGUGUGGAAUCAAUAAUUUGUCAGCAGCCUGAUGCAUUUGUUAGCACAUAACAUAAUCUGUGUGUUUUGAGGGAUUUGAGAAAUGUGCAUUCAGAGAGGAAGCAUCCAAUAUCUUCAUCCACCUCAUUUCCACUGCAGCUGUGUGUGCUCCAAUAUGCAGAACAUGUAGCGCCUGUAAAACAUCUUUAGAAAAAAAAUCGUAUUUCUAAUAAAACCCAUACGCUGACUAUGCUGGUGAAAUGCGAAAAAACAAGGUGGCUGUAGAAUCACAGGCGUUAAAGAAGUUGAAAUAAAACGAUUUCUUUUUUCAUAUUGCUACUGAUUCAUCAGUGGAAAUCUCUUCCGUCAGAAUCCAAUCACUUUUUCCUUCCUCUGUACAUCGUUUAAUUUUUGACUACAUCACCACGAGUGAUGGACGAAGGAAAAAAAAAAGUCGAUUAUAUUAUGCUAUGCCUCAUAUACCACACAAUCGAGUGAAAACGCUGAUCUUUUUUCAGUUGGGGAAAUAAAAAUGCUUUAUGGUUUUUGUUUUGCAUUGUCUUACAGUAGCCUGCUAGUUUUGUUUUCCCAUAAACCUGAUUAAUUAAUGACAUCGGCUUCCUCCCUGACCCCAAGCUUACUGCUGAGCAGUUACACAUUUCAAAUAGCUCGUCUGACGUCGUCGUUCGGGAAAGUUGCACAAUAAUGAACGACUACCAGGAAAGUAAAAAUCAACUGAACCGAGUACAUUAACGCUAAAUCUAUGUGUGAGAAUGAAAGGACAAGGUAAUGAUUGUUGUAGCUGGAAUCAGCCCACGGGGGGAAUGCAGCAGGAGGCCAUAACAAGCCAAAUGUUUAGUCUGCACACUUGCUUCCCUCUCACUUGCCCACUGAACAGGGUCUCCUAUCCACAUCUGCAGGAUUCAGCAGCAUAGACUACAACUGAUAACAGGUAAUGUAAAGUGAAGAAAAUGGGCAUCACAGAUAAACACACAAUCAUGGAGGAGGCUGCAAACUGGCCUGCUGAAGUACAUUUCCACAAAAUAAACCGUCGCAGGACGAGAAGAAGUCAAUCUCCAUCCCGUGAGGUUUCUCCAGUACCAUCAUACUUCUCUGAACCAGUUUCAAUCCGAAAGCAUAAGGAUGUAACUGGCAGACUGCCUCGUCUCAUUAAAGGAGCUCAUCAGGAUGAAGAUGAUGAUGACGACAUUCAGAGUUUAAAAAGCCUGCCCACGGUGAUGAACACAUUAGCCUCUGAUGCUAAAGUUAACAGGUCGCACACAGUCCGCAAAGGACAAGGCAUCUCUGACUUGAACCUUCCACUUCUUGUCACAUCCAAAUGUACUCUGGUGGUAAAAGGUACUGGAUGCACUCGCACUGGAGGGUUUCUCCCUGCCAUCAAAUCCACAGCUCUGGAGAGACCACCAUGCCGAGCUGGAUGCAGGCCAGACAAAGUGGAAAUGGGGUCAACUCAGCAUCCUCGCCCAGUCGGUCAUCCUCUCAGUGAGAGCCGUCCUCCAGAAAAAACAUGGAAUAUAAAAGCAAGCUGCCAGCACCUGCCCUCAUCCUCCUCUAACAAAGUGUCCCUGGGUCCCCGAAUCACAUUCCAGAGUCCGGUGGUACAGGGUGUCUACCCCAUCCCUCCUGGCUUGAUGAAAGAGAGCAGACACAAUGUGCAGGCUUGCCAGCCUCUGAGGCCUGUCCUGAAAAGAGCACAGGUGCUGAACAAAGGAGCUCUUCACUGCCUUUUAGAGGAAAGCUACCUCCCCUGCUCAAACGAUCCACAUUUGCUCGAGCCAUUCUCAGGCUUUGAGGAGCACCUUUAUCAUCAGCUCCUUAACUCCCCCUUGCCCUGCCGUGCGGCUCUGCCGCACAUCAACUCUCAUCACCUCUUACAGCUAGAAGCCAUGCUACCUGUGCCCCAGGGGCUAGGCAGUCCCCUGAUGCAGCGCACUGUGGAGCUCUGCAACCCACAAGGGAAACAACUUCCCAGCAUCACCAUGACUCGUCCCACACCUUCCCCUAAACACCUACGCAACGCCGAAAACAGGCAUGUAGCUUGAGUGCAAGUUUUUCACUGGAAAAUUAUGAUCUCUUUUCUCUGUCCAGUGCCUCAUACAGUCCCCUCCGAAAGUAUUGGAACAGCAAGGCCAGUUCUUUCGAUUUCGCUAUACACUGAAGACAUUUGGGUUUGAGAUCAAAAGAUGAAUAUUAGGCAGUAGAUCAGAAUUUCAGCUUUAAUUGCCUGAUAUUUACAUCUAGAUACGUUAAACAACUUAGUACAUGGCACCUUUGGUGGCAGACCACACAAUUUUUAGGUGAGCACAAUUACAGGAACAGAUUUUGUUUGUUAGAUAAAAUAUCUAAAGUAACAGCAUCAUGAAGAUGAGGCGCUAUCAAAAAGCCUGGGACAAAGUUCUGGAAAAGUAUCAAUCAGUUUUCGGUUAUGAAACCUCCGAUGCUCCCGAGGAGGACCAUUAAAUCCAUUAUUUAAAAAGAAUUUGGCAGUACCGUGACUCUGAAUAUAGGAGGUAUCCACGAAAAGUCAGUGAAUAGGUAAAUAAGGACCUUGGAGCAAAGAUUCCAGGCUGUACCACUCCAAAAUGUGGGAAAGUUCAGGUGGUGGAUACUUAUGCAAGCCGUUGUACAUCAUUUUCAUCUUCAUCAAACCGUUCAGUGAGCCAUUGGGUCCUGUGCUCACUGUCUGCUCUGCACCCUAGAAGAGCUGAUAUUUCACUGGUUAGUAAUGCUGUCCUCUUUUUUUUUCGACAGUGGACAUAAUUGCCCAUGUUUUUUUUUUUUUUUACCAUUUCUCUUUUCUACAUUAGCUAUGCAGGGAAAGAUCUUGUAAAAUGAAUAAAUCAUAAUUAAGUGACUGAUUCCACAGCUGCAUUAAAACUGCUCAUACAAAUUCCAUCUACUUGCCUGGUGCUUCAAAGAGGACAGCGUUUAAUCCACCUCUGGGUACCGUGACAGAAGUAACAAAUAUCAUCACAGCAGUGCUGAGUAGUCAGCUGAGAGAGAACCAGCCUGGGAGUGAGAACACGACGUUUCUGGCUCAGAACUCUAAACUGUCACAUCAUUAUACAAUUCCAUCCAUUUUUACUCCAGCCUCAAGAGAUCUUUCUGUAUGGGGCCAUGUCUGUAUUUCAAGCUGAUUGGGACCAGAUGCUCUUUUAGAAGGAACAUUUACGGUGGCUUGCAUAAGUAUUCACCCCCUUUGAACAUUUUCACAUUUUGUAGUGUUACAACCUGGAACUGAAAUAGAUUUAUUUCAGAUUAUAUGUCAUGAAUAUACACAAAAUAACCCAUAAUAUUGAAAUAGUAGGAAGCAUCUAUGUAGUUUGCCAAGAGGUCAAGGGCAACACUGAACAUGGUGCUACCACCACCAUGCUUCACUGUGGGAAUGGUGUUCUCAUUGUGAUGAGCAAUGUUAGGUUUCUGCCAAAUGUAGCACUUUGUGCCUCAUCGGACUAGAGAGCAAUUUUCUACGUGUUUGCUGAGACUGCUGUCUUUUGGCAAACUUCAAACAGAAUUUCAUAUACUCUCCCAUAAAGUUUGGCUUUGUGGAUUGUCCUGUGAACAGCUUCUCCCAUGUGAGCUGGCAAUCUCUCCAUCUCCUUCAGAAUUACCCUUGACCUCUUGGUUGCUUCUCUGACUAAUCCCCUCUUUACCCAGUCACUGACUUUUAGUGGAUGUUGUCUUGGAAGAGUUUUGAUAGGUUCUGGGUCUUCAUGAUGCUCUGAGCCAUCAUAUCAUUGUAGAAUUUUCAGCCCCAGGAGGUCUUUAUGUACACGCCAUGUCUGUGUAGGAGGCUUUCAGUCUGCAGCUUGUUAAAAGAAGUCAAUAAGAGACAAACGGAUGUGUAGGAAGGGGAGCUAUUUUAUACCAUGAUGUGCAUCUAUCAGGGUGUUCAGGUCUUCAGCCAUUGCAGCGAAGAUUCUUCAUCAAUGUCACUAAAAAGACUGUAAUUAUUUUUCUCUGCUUUCUCUGAGUAAAAUCAAUGUAGACUGCUGAGUCAGACACAAUGCCCCAUGAGAGGCUUUCGAUCAGGACCUUCUGCUCUACUGAGCUCUGCAUACAGUGUAUAGUUGUUAACAUCAUCAACUACUUGUACAUUUACUUUCUGACCAAGGCUUUAUAAGGAGCCCAGUGCUAACUUUUAAACAAGCUGGCAUCCUGAGAAAAAUGGAAAUGCCAGUGAUUGCUAGUUUUAGAUAUAUGACUGCUCGUUCCUCUGGCGAGUAAAGCACAAAGUCCUACACUAGAAGUGUGUUACCUAAAUAAUCACAAAAUGGGGUUUGUUGGUUUGUUUUGUUAGUUUACAUCUUGGAAAUAUGACAAAAUGUCAUUAUAUUUUCUUUUUGACGUUUUGCUCUUUGAGUAAAUAAAAAUGUAGGUCUAAAAUAAUAUUUUUUAGUCUUUGUUUACAUAUAACUGGACAUAAAUAUAAUUUUUUUGUUUUGACUCUGUUCACUUCAUUUGAAUUUCUAUGAUUGGAGAUGCAGACAGCAAUUUUAGCCUUUUCUAUACACAGUUUCCUCACUGUCCAAUUACUUUCAUGCUGCACAAAUAAACAAAUAAAUGUUUUUAGUGGUCAAAUGGGAAAAAAAAAGGGAAAAAAAAUCAUUACUCAUAUCCAGUCAAGGCCAGUCAUGAUAUUAAAUGGGAGGGUUUAAAAAGUUCGAAUAACGUGCCAUUAAUGUUAGGAAAUCAUCAGAUUUCGAGUCUUCUAGCAUGGGGAUAAAACUACUACGCACACACACAGGAACACACCCACUGACAGUCAGACAACCUUUGUGAUUGCUAUUUUUAAGUCGAGUAUUUCAGGUGCGUAAUCAUGCCGUGUCUCUACUGAAAAGCAAAAUGAAAAACAAACCACACUGGUCCCUUCAUGUAAGCUGUACUUUGACCGGACAAUGUUUGCUUCUAGUUUCUCCUCUGAAAGCAUUUUGAAAAAUCAAUGAUUGAGAAAGUCAUCCACCCCGUUCAUAGUUAUUACACCCACUAUGUUAUUGCUUUAUUAUUGUAUUUCAUGUGUGCUUUCUCAAUCACUACUGAUGAGGUGUUAUUGAUGUUUCAGCAAAGCAAGUUUAAAUAAAUUAGUCCCAAUACACAAAAAAUCUAGGGAGAAUUUCACU